AUGGCCGACAUCGACAAGCGCAACUCCAACAUCGACGAGCCCGACACAGAGUACGACGCUGUCCUCCUCUCGGACCACGCGCCGCCCGCGCCGAGCCACAGCUACCGGCCCGACAUUGACGGUCUUCGUACGCUUGCCGUGCUCCCCGUCCUCGUCUUCCACGCGUACCCCAAGCUCUUUCCCGGCGGCUUCAUUGGCGUCGACAUCUUCUUUGUCAUUUCCGGGUUUCUCAUUUCCGGCAUCCUCUUCAAGGAGCACAAGCGCGGCAAGUUUACGUACGCGAGCUUCUAUGAGCGCCGCGUCCGCCGCAUCUUCCCGACGCUCAUCAUCGUGCUGAGCGCGACGCUCUGGCUCGGGUACCUCUACCUCAUGGCGCCCAAGCUCAAGCUCAUGGCCGCCACCAUGUUUGCCGGGACGGUCUUUGCCGCCAACCUCCAAGUGCUCUCGCUCGAGAAGGCGUACUUUGAUCUGGGUGCGAACCCGGUCUUGCACCUCUGGUCGCUCGGCGUCGAAGAGCAGUUCUACAUUCUCUGGCCAUUCUUCUGCGCCAUCAUCAUGAAGCUCUCGUACAAGCGCGCGAUCAUCUUCCAAGUGGCGUUUAUGGUGCUGAGCUUUGGCACCAACAUUGCCUUCCUCGGCUACCGCGACAACAAGGUGUCGUUCUACAUGCCGCUCUGCCGCUUCUGGCAAAUGUCCAUGGGCGGUCUCCUCUCUUACGUGGCGUCGCAGGCGUUGGAGCCGCUUGCUACAUCCGACAAUGCGCCGAAGUAUGGCGGUUGGAUGUCGGUGGUUGGCCUUGGUCUCGUCGUCGUCGGCUUUGCCACCGUCAACGAAGACCGCGCGUUUCCCGGCUUUUGGGCGCUGCUCCCGACUGUCGGCGCGACCUUGCUCAUGGCGGCCGGUCCCCGCACGCCGUUCAACCGCUACAUCCUCAGCAACGCCGUUGUUGUCUACAUUGGCAAGAUCAGCUACUGCCUCUACCUCUGGCAUUGGCCGCUCCUUGUAUUCUCUGGGGAUCGGUAUCCGGCGACGGCGCCGCGCCCGUUCUUUGCCGAGCCGUGGUUCAUUCUCCUCGUCUCAGUCGCUUUGAGCAUCUUUACGUACGAAGACGUCGAGCUGCGUCUGCGCCGGCGCAAGGCCAAGUGGAUCACGCCGGUUUUGGUGCUCGGCAUUGUGGCGCUCGCGGCGUUCUCAGCGGCGGUGCACACGUACCCCGCAGAUUUUUCGCUGACGGAGCGCGGUCUGCGCGGCGUCGCACCGCCGGUCGUGAAGCGCGGUGCGAAUCUCACAGGCGGCAACGUCCCCGCCUCGCUCAAGCAGGCGCAGGCGGCCAUCUACGACGGCGACUGGCAAAAGGACUUGAGUGAGUGCCCAAAGGACUCGCCGUAUUUCAAGGACAUAGUCCGCCCUAGUGACUUCCAUGCGCGCGACAACUACUUCCUUCCCGGCGGCGUCUUCCUCUUGGGUCGUUGGGUGCGCGUGUGGGCUUGCCAGCUCAUUGGUUGA